AUGUUCCGCGGGUUGGCGGCGCGACACGCGUCCGCCGACUCGCUCCUGUCGCUCGCUUCGUCCGAAACUAGCAGCCUCGCGUCCUUCGCGACCGCGUCGGACCGCUUGGUCGAGCAGGAGAUUAAUCGGCGCGCCGCGUUAGACUUCGUCACGGAGCUUGCCGGCCCGCUGCAGCCCCCCAGCUCCCCCGCGCAUUCCCUUUCGGGGGAGCGCACCCCGCCCGCUGGCGCAACCCUCGGCGCAACCUUCGGCGCAAAUCCCGGCGGAGCCUUAGCCUCUGGCGCAGCGCUUCUGAGCGCAAGCCUUAGCGGGGACUUGCCGAUUACCGCCAAUGAGCUCCCCGUGGCGGUGUUUGCGGUCGACCGUGACCUGGUGUGCGCGCUUUGGAACAGGCGCAUGGCGGAACUGACCGGAUGGGCGGAAGGGGAAAUCAUGCGCCUGGGUCGAUUCGCGGAAGGUCGGUUCGCGGAGCGGCUCUUCCGCCCCGCCAGCGCUUCCGCGCCGUUCCGCCGAUGCGAGGACGUUCUCCGCGCCGCGCUCUUUGGCCGCGAUAUAGUCACGGCGGAGUUGCUGCUACUGAAGCGCGGAGGCAGCUGCGCGCGCGUGCGGCUAUUCGCCAGCGCGCGCACCGAUGCGCUCGGAGCAGUUUGCGGCGCGAUUUGCGCCGUCAUUCCCGCGUCUUCGGGAAGCGGGGGUGGAUCGGCGGCCGCGCUGAGCGCAGCUUCCGCGCAUGGUUUCGACGUGGACGGCGGUGGCGGAGGCGGAGGCGGAGGCGGCUUGCCGCCAUUUCCGCCGUCGUUUGCGGCGGGCGAAACCGAGGAAUGGCUGCAGCGGAACGCGUCGGCGGGGAGUCUGUACGGCAUGCACUCCGUGGACGAGGAAUCCGUUGGCGACGACAGCGACGCGGCCAGCAGCUGCAGCGAUCUCUACCAGCUCGGCUCCGCCCCGUUCGGUAGCAGCGCCAGUUGCGGCGGCAAUCCCGGCGGCUCCAGGCGCCACGUCAUGGAGCCCGUCUCCUCCAGCAGGCGCGCGAGCGGCGGCGGCGGCGGGGGGGGGGGAUUGCGUGGAGGUAUCGCAAGCGCGGGGAGUGCAGUCGCGGGCCAUGACGCGGGCGCAGGCGGGACAGUGGGGGUAACUGGGCGGCUUUCGUCGUCGUCUUCUGAGCGACAGCUGUCGGGGAGGCUUUCAUUGGGGGAAAGCGAAGCUGCGACCGAAUCAGGGGCGGCAGGAGGAGCGGGAGGAGCGGGAGGAGCGGGAGGGGCGGGUGAAGCGGGAGAAGCAGCUUUGGCUUUGACUCCGCCAGCUACGCCGCCAGCUGCGGCGCCUGUUGCGCCGCCCGUUGCGGUUCCAGUUGCGGCGGCGUUGCCUUCCCCUGUCAACGCGCCCGCUCUCGUUGGUUCAGGCGCGGAAGGCGUGGGCGGAGGCCUGGGGGGGAUUGGGGGCGGAGGCGGGGGGGGUCAUUUAAAGCCCGUACAGACGAAAUUAGCUAUCCGACGCUCGUGCGAGCUGCCGAAAUAUGCUUAUUCCUCUCUCACGGGCAUGCGUCGCAAUAUCAGCAGUGAUGCUCUCAAUAACGCGGACACCUCCCCAUCCCACCACCACCACCACUCCCACCGCUCAGCAUUCUCCUUCCAACCCCCCUCUCACACUUCCAACCACCCCACUCCCACUCUCCCCUUCUCCUCCUCCCUCUCCCGCCCGCUCACCUCCCGGCCUUACCCCUCCUCCUCUUCCUCCUCCCUCUCCUCCGCCUUCUCCCACUCCUCCUCGCACUCCUCCUCCCCAAGCGUCGCCUCCUCAUCCUCGUUAGUGCGUGCUCUGAUAGCAGACGGAGUGACCACGGGGCGCAACGACCUGGCGCACCAGCUGGAGCGCUGCGCGUUUGACGUGGUCAGUGCCACGUCAGUGCAGGAAGCUGCGUGGAAAUACGAGCAGACCGCUCUCCACGGCACUCUCCCUCCCGCUGCCGCCGCCGCCGCCGCCGCUGCUGCUGCUGCUCCUCCUGCUUCUGCUGGCGCAGCUGCUACCACCGAUCUAGAGCAGGCGACGAGCAGGGCGGGGCAGGCGGCCAUUCGGGACAUCAGGCGUGCAGAACGAGCACUGCUGUCCCGCCGCCUCACUCUCGGCACCCCCACACCUGUUGGCACUUCCGGCGCUGCUGCUGCUGGCGGUGCUGCUGCUGGGUUUGCUGGGGCUGGGGCUGGGGCCUCUGUUGGUGGUGGAAUUGCUGGUGCUGACGGGGGCAUGCGGUCGUUGGGAGGGCUUAAGGUGCUGAGUGAAGAGGGCGAGGAGGACGAGGGGAGGAGUGAGGAGGGGAGGAGUGAGGUGAGCGAGAGUGGGAAGCAGCAAGCGGAGGGGGAACAGGAGACGGUGCAGCCACAAGAACAAGAGACAGUGGAACCCUCUUCCUCCUCUGCUGCUUCUGCUGCCGCUCCUGCUGCUCCUGCUGCUGCUCCUGCUGAUGCUGCAGCAGCUGCUGCAUCCUCCCCCGAUCGCACGCUGAUAGUGGUGGUGGCCGAUCUUAGCCGGUACGACCAGGUGGGGCUGGAUGCGGCAAUGGAGCAGUGUGUGCUCGCGGGUGUAGACGCGUUUAUUCCGCGCUCCAUGCACCUGCAGCAGCUGAGAACGGCCCUCAGGAGGCUCGGGCUGCACAGUAAAUAUCUCGUGCUGCCCGCCUCGCUGCCCCGCGCGCAUUCUGCUGCGAAUGUUGCUGGUGUUGCUGUCAGUGCUGGUGUUGGUGCUGGUGUUGGUGCAGGUGCUGACGACGACGAUUUCCGCGAAGCUGCCGAAGUGCGGCCGGCCCUCCUUUCCUCGAUCGCGCGGCCGGCUGCGGCCUCCGCGCAGCCCGCCGCCGCAACUCCCGCCGCACCCCUCGCCGUGACUCCCGCCGCGAAUCUCGCCGCUCUGCCCGUUCUGGCGAUUUCCAAACCAGCCCAACCGCCGAAAUCCGAGUCUAUUCCCGAGGCUGCUCCGAAGCUAAUUGACAGUCAGGAUCGGGUCGGGGAGGCUCGGAUUGGAGAGGAUCGGAUUGGGAAGGGUGAGAUUGGCGGAGCAGGCGGAACAGGCGGAGGAGAAGCGGAGGAAGGUGGGGGAAGGGAGGGGGAAAGCGAUGCAGUGGGGGAGAGUGCGAUUGGAAGGGAUGCAGGGGAGGAUGAAACGGACGAAGAGGGCGGUGGAAGGGAAGAGACCGGGCUGGAUGGAGAAGAGGAGGCGAGUGAGAUGUCGCACGUGGGAUCUGCUAACGAAGGCUCUCCUAACGGGGCUGCUGCUACUAACGAGGGGUCUACUAAUGAGGAUGAAUCGGAGCAGGAAACGGGCGGGCGGGAAGGAGAAGAGGAGAGUGAGACGAAUGCCAUAGGCGCAGUGGGGGGAGGAGGAGCUGGGGGAACAGCAGGAGGAGCAGGAGGAGCAGGGGGGACUGGGGGGCAAGGUCAGGGGGGUCAGCGGGCAGAGGGCGGGAAAAAGAAGAAGAAGAAGGGGAAGGGGAAAGGGAGAGGGCAGAACGCUGGUCCUGCUGCCGCAGCAGCACAGAAUACAGACGCAGGCAUAGAUUCGGCACGACCGAAUGACGCCACAACAGGCAUUUCCGGUGCAGGGGGAAAUCUCCCCACAGCAGGGAUUUCCGGCACUGCGGGACAGUCGGGAAUCCCCCGCACAGCGGGGAUUUCCUCAACAGCCCCAGAUGCAGGUUCCCUAAAGGAAGCAUUGCAGAAGCAGGUAGAUGAGUUGAAGGCUGCUUUGGCCCGGGAAACGGAUGCUAGAGUUGCAGCAGAGGAGCAGGCGAAACGGGCAGAAAGAAAGGCUUCUUGCGCAGUAGAAGAAGCUGCCCGGGCGGCGGACGGGCAGCGGCGGGCAGAGGCUGAACGGGCAGAGAUGGAAAGGACGAAAGUGGAGAUGUUGAAAAAGCUGCGGCAUAUAGUAGAGGAGGCAGUGAAGAGAAAGAAAGAAGCAGAGGAGGAGAAAGCUGUUGCCGAAGCUGCUGCCGCAGCUGCGGUGAAGGAUCGGAACGAGGCUCGGAAGGAGCGGGACGAGGCUCGGGGAGAGAGGGACGGGGCUGUGCAGGAGAAAGAGAGAGCGGUUCGGGAGAGAGAAGCGGCUAUAAGUAAACUGGAGAGGCUUAUAAAGGAGCGGGACGGAGCGAUAAGGGAGCGGGAAAGUGCGGUGAAAGAGAUUACGAAACGGUUGAGUGGUGAGAGGGAUGCAGCGGUUAAGGAGAGAGAGGUGGCUGUGUUACAGAGGGGGGCGGCUGUGAGGCAUGUGGAAGCGGUGGAGGGGAGUGUGCGGCGUGCUGUGGGGAGAUUGGGGAGGGAAGCGGAGCGGAUUGAGAAGAUGUUUGAAGGGAUGUUUGGUGGGAAGAUGGGGCAUGGGAGGGUGGGUGAUGGGAGGAUGGGUGAUGGGAAGAGGAGUGAGGGAGAGGUGGAGGGAAGCAGUGGUGGUGGUGGUGGAGUGAGGGACACUGGCAGCGGCACUGGUAAGGGGGAAAGUACCACUGACGAUGCUAGCCCUGCUAAACCAGCAGCAGCAGCAGUGGGAGCAGCAGCAUCAGCAAAAGCGUCAGCAGGAGAUGAAGAAGACGUGGUUGGAAGGUUUGAAGCAGGAGUGCAGAGGGUUUCAGCUGUUUUCGAGCUUGCAGCUAAGUCAGUGCGACGGCAGAGAGAAGAGAUGGAAGAAAGAGCAGUUACAAUGGCCGUGGAGGUAUCUCAAUUAGAAUCUGAUGUUGUUGAUGCAAAGAGGGAGGUUGAGAGAGUGAGAAAGGAAGGGGAGGAGGAGGUGGAGCGAGUGAGAAAGGAGGGGGAGAGGAGGGUUGAGGAGGGGAGGGUGGAGGGGGAGAGGUGGAGGGCGGCUGCUGAGGAGGCGGAGAGGAGAGUGAGGGAGGAUGAGGAGGAGAGGAGGAGGGAGAGGGGGAGGUUGGAGGAGUUGGAGAGGGUGCGAGGGGAGUUGGAGCGGUUGAGAGAGAGGGUUGGGAGGAGUGGAAAGUCUAACAGUGCAGACGGAGGGGGGGUAAAGGGUGGGGAAGGGAAGGAAGGGAAGGAGGACACGGAAGGGAAUGAAGGGAGGGAAGGGGAGGAGGAGGAAGGGAGGGAGGGAGGUGUGGAGGAGAUUAAGUGGGUGGAGAGGCGGUUAGAGGAGGCAGAGAGAACUGUGAGCGAUUGGAAGAGCAAGGAGAGAGAAGCACAGAGCCGUGCCGUUGGUGCUGAAACGAAGCUGGCAGCCAGGGAAAGGGAGAUAGAGCUGCUGCAGCGGCAUGUGGAGGUGGAGAGGAGGGAGAGGAAGGAGGUGAUGGAAAAGAGCAGGCAUGAGCUGCAGCAGGGGGAAGGGGCAUUGCGCAAGGAGAGGGAAGCUGGGAGGCGAUUGAAAGAGGCAUUGGAGGGGUUGCAGAGGGAGGGGGCGAGGGCGACAGAGCAGGUGAGCGUGGGAGAGGAGGUGGUGGGGGGGAGAGAUGGGCGAAAGAGGGCCAGACGAAGGAAGGAGAGGGAUGCGAGCAGAUCGCGGCACUCCAGGCCAGUCAGUCUAUCAGAGCGCAAGGCGGAAGCGGGCAGAUGGCGAGAGGCGGCUAAGGAGAUCGCGGCACUCCAGGCAAGUCUGGCUGAGUGUGAGGCGGAGGCGGGUAGAUGGCGAGAGGCGACUAAGGAGGAGGCAGCAGCGGGGCACAGCCUGAUUUCCGCCCUCUGCCCCACCCUUCUCCUGCCCCUCUCCCCCACACAACUGCUUUCAGAUCGCGGCACUCCAGGCGAGGAGGCCAAGGAGGAGGCAGCAGCGGGCAGUGCAGUGGCGGGAGAGAUGGAGGAGAUGCGCGGGCAGCUUCUUACAUUGGAGGGCGAGGCAAAGAGGGCAGCAGAGGAGGCACAAGCCAUCGCACUCAACCACCUCCUCCCAUAUUCAACUCCCCCAAAUCCCCUCCUACAGCUUCUUACAUUGGAGGGUGAAGCCGAGAAAUGGCAGAGGGCAGCAGAGGAAGCACAAGCCAUGCUGACAUCACGCGAUGAGCUGGCAUCAGCAGCAGUUGCCGCCCGGGAAGCAGCAGAGCGGUCACUCCGGGCGGCAGACAGGCGGGUGGCGGAGCUGCGUGAACGAGUGGAGGAGUUGCAGCAGCAGCUAGAGGACGAAACAACCCACCGUAGCGGAGCGAGGGGGGCUGAAAACGCAGUGGGCAAGGGGGAGGGGUGGCUAGUAGGCUGUGCUGCUGUUGGCCAUGGUUGUCAGUGGGAAGAGGGAGAGGGAGAGGAGUGA